GGGGGCGGAGGAGGCGACACCGGGUCUGGCAGGGGAGGGGGGGAUUGGGCCUGGCUGGGCCCAGCCGGAGCCUCCUGCCGCCUGGACCGACCGAGGGGGGAGAGCGCCCCCUCCCCGCGGGCCGAGCCCAAGCCCGGCCCCGCCUGGCCAUGGGCAACGCGGCCACGGCCAAGAAGGGCGGUGAGAUCGAGAGCGUGAAGGAGUUUCUAGCCAAAGCCAAAGAAGAGUUCCUCAAGAAAUGGGAAAACCCAUCACAGAACACAUCCACCUUGGAGCACUUCGAGCGACUCAAGACCCUGGGUACAGGCUCCUUUGGGCGGGUGAUGCUUGUGAAGCACAAGGAUACCGGCAAUUACUUUGCCAUGAAGAUCCUUGACAAGCAAAAGGUUGUCAAACUGAAACAGAUUGAGCACACCCUCAAUGAAAAGCGCAUACUCCAGGCUGUGAACUUCCCAUUCCUUGUCAAGCUAGAGUAUUCUUUCAAGGAUAACUCGAAUUUGUACAUGGUGAUGGAAUACAUCCCAGGUGGUGAGAUGUUCUCCCACCUACGACGGAUUGGCAGGUUCAGUGAACCUCAUGCCCGGUUCUACGCCGCUCAGAUUGUGCUGACUUUUGAAUACCUGCACUCGCUAGAUCUCAUCUACCGAGACUUGAAGCCUGAGAACCUCCUCAUUGACCAGCAGGGCUACAUUGAGGUGACAGAUUUUGGCUUUGCAAAACGAGUGAAAGGUCGAACAUGGACCCUUUGUGGAACUCCAGAAUAUUUGGCUCCUGAAAUCAUUCUAAGCAAGGGUUAUAACAAAGCUGUGGACUGGUGGGCCCUGGGUGUCCUAAUCUACGAGAUGGCAGCUGGCUACCCUCCAUUCUUUGCAGACCAGCCAAUUCAGAUCUAUGAGAAGAUUGUCUCUGGGAAGGUUCGCUUCCCAUCUCACUUCAGCUCAGACCUGAAGGACCUGUUGCGUAAUUUGCUCCAGGUGGACCUUACCAAACGCUAUGGCAACCUGAAAAAUGGAGUCAACGACAUCAAGAACCACAAAUGGUUUUCUACCACCGACUGGAUUGCCAUCUACCAGCGGAAGGUGGAAGCUCCCUUUAUACCAAAGUGCAAAGGAGCUGGAGACACAAGUAACUUUGAUGACUAUGAGGAGGAGGAGAUUCGGGUGUCCAUCACUGAGAAGUGCGCCAAGGAGUUUUCAGAGUUUUAGGGCCAGCCCCCUUUGCAGGCCACUUGCUUUGUGUGCCCAGGAAAAGGAAGGGCUGAAUUUGAUCAGCCCCGAGGGCCAGAGUUCCUUGCCUAUGUGUUACUUUUAAGAGGUGGGAGGCUGUUGGGGUUCAUCUGGAUCUGUUUGGGCAGAAAAGUGAAAUGGGGAGUUCAUUUUAAAGCUGUGGAAAAGGCAGUAGUCCUGAGUGCUAUCCACCUGCCUCCCACCACAAGCUAGAAGGUGGCUCCCAGCCACUCUCAGGCAAGUUUUAAACAAAUUCCCUUCCUCCCUCACACUGACUUGUGUCCAUACACAAACCCUAAUCAGACAGUCCCUAGUUUAUUGGUGGCUUUAUAUAAUUUUUUUAGGGAAAGGGGAUAUUUUGCCAUUCAUCACCAACUAUAAAAGUUUGUUUCAUAGGGCAUUGUAAGAGUUUCAGGGAAGGAGGGGAGAGAAAGUAAACACAACCACAUAGCACUUUGGUGUUCAGACUGGCACUAAAUGGGUUAAUGGCCCAACCCUGUCACCUCCUUUGUGGGAUGACCCUGUCAUUUUAUCAAUAUUAUUUUUUUCCAAGCUCCUUUUAUUAACUUUAAAGACUGGCUUAAAAAAAAAAAAAGGUUUUUAACAAUUUAGGGAGGGACUUUUA